UGUGUUCACAAAAUGAAAUGUUUUGGCCGUAUAUCGUAACGUGAUUUACAGUGUUUGGUAUUUUUUCACGUUGGUGGUAGAAGCGUCGUUUGUAGCGCUGAGAUGAGAAAUUGCACGUCGCGCUGUUUCGUCUUCUUGUUUUGGUCUUCUAGGGGAAGGGGAAGGCAGCGGCGACCACUGGAGUCCUCGUGUUCUCCUCGGCCUUUUUUCGACUUUCGACAACGCUUCUGAGACGUGAAAUGGAUUUUACACAGGCCCCAACUCGGAAGCGGGUUCCUUUGUGUUCGAUUUACUCGUGACGCGCGGCGACCCUCAUCGCUUCCCCCGAGGGCCUUGGCCGUCUUGACUGCAGCUCGGCAGAUAUAUGGCUAUCAUCGCUGCAACGGGAGCAGCGACAAGUCAGCCUCGUCUCAGUGCAGAAAAAAGCAAGUUCACCCCGAGAAUGGGCGACUCCAUCUGGGAGGAUAAGGAAGUGCGAUUCGACGUGCCACUCGGGCAGAUGAAGCUGCGGGCGGGCGAGAAGCUGAUCGACCGCCUGGACGCCAUAGAGGACACGAAGGGCAACGACGGCGACCGCGGCCGCCUCAUCGUCACCAACCUGCGCGUCAUGUGGCACUCGCUCACCUCGCCGAGGAUCAACCUGUCGAUCGGCCUCAACUGCGUGAUGAACGUGACCACGCGGACAGUCAACUCGAAGCAGAGGGGCAUGACGGAGGCCAUGUACAUCCUCACCAAGUGGAACUCGUCGCGGUUCGAGUUCAUCUUCACCAACCUCAUCCCCGGCAACCGGAGGCACACCACCACCGUCACGGGGGUCCACAAGGCGUACGCGUCGUCGCGGAUGUACCGCGAGCUGAAGCUGCGCGGCGCGCUCAUCCAGAACAAGCAGCUGCGCAUCCUGCCGCUGGAGCAGGUCUACAAGACGGUGCACGGCGUGUGGAAUCUGUCCAGCGAGCAGGGCAACCUGGGCACCUUCGUCAUCACCAACGUGCGCCUCGUGUGGUUCGCCGAGAUGAACGAGAGCUUCAACAUCUCCCUGCCCUACCUGCAGAUGGGCAGUAUUCGGAUACGCGAGAGCAAGUUCGGGCGCGCGCUCGUGGUGGAGAGCGGCGAGCGGUCCGGCGGCUACGUGCUGGGCUUCCGCAUCGACCCGGUGGAGCAGCUGCAGGCCGUGCACAAGGAGCUCGUCUCCCUGCACCAGGUCUACAGCAACAGCCCCAUCUUCGGCGUCGAGUACUCGUGGGGCGACAACGCGCCCGGCAACGUGGAGCCCGUCCCCGUCAACGAGGACGUGGAGGAGAUCGGCGAGCUCAACAACGACAUGUCCAACGCCUUCGUGGCGUACUUCGCGGACGGGCGCGCCGGCUCGGACCGCGAGCCCGUGUACAGCAACGAGCUGGGGCUGGCCGUGGAGAAGCUCAAGGAGGGCUUCACGCUGCAGAGCCUGUGGGAAGUCAUCCCGUCGUGAUUUCUUGUCGUGGUGGUUGUGUGCAAUUGUGUGUCGUGGACCAUGUGGGAAUAAAGCGCAAA